AGGAUACAUUAACCACUUCCCGUCGGCCCAUGUAUAUAAACGGCCAGAUGGGAGCAGUGCAGGGGUGGGUGGCCAUUUAUAAACAACCUCUCUGCCCCCUGCUUGUGCUCGCUCCCUGUGUCCUCCAGACACAGUGGAACACCGAUCGUCGUACGGCACCUCUGUGUGAGGUCCUGAUCAUGUGAUCACUGAUUGGCCAAUCAGUGAUCUUCUGACAUCAUUGCUUACUAUGUGUGAAAUCUGUGAAUGAUCACAGAGAUCACAUGGUACAAGGCUAUUCACAACAGCCUUGUACCCUGUG